CUCUCCCUCCCAGCCUGGGUGCAGAGUGUGGUACUGUGAGUCUCAGAGAGAGAGAGAGAGAGAGAGAGGUAGGUGGAGAGUCAGCCUGUGACUAGGCAGGAGGGAGGGGAGAGGAUUUGAAGCAUGGCAGCAGAUCAGGAUGAAGGCUGUGAGAUCUCCCUAGCUGGGCCAGCUGGAUACAUGUGUGGGGUCUGUCCUGUGUCAGAGCUGGGAUACCAGACAGGAUUUAUCUGAUCCCUGCUACCUGCAGCCUGGAAUGUCUCCUCUCUCUAACAGAUUUUGUUUUUGAAAUUCGAAAGUGGGAGACGGAAAGGGUUUUUUCACUAAAUUCUCCAUUUCAGCAAACUUAAAACCGCACAGCAAAAUCAAGGAGAUUUUCCUAAAGUGGAUUUAAUGUCAUUGUCCCCUUGGUGUUGAAGACUGAGGGGUUGCAAACACAAACCUUGAAAACCUCUGAUUUCAGACUGCUUUUUACAAAGAGCUCAGUCUGAUUUACACGAAGGAGUCCAGCUCUGUGUACUUUGUAAGUCUUGCAACAUCUGAACUCAACGACUUGUCAAUAUUUUUUUCUUUGUUCCAUUUUUUUCUCUCUCUCACUCGCCCUCUUUUUCACGUUUGCUUCCGGAUUUUCAUUUCCAGUACAGAGUGGUUUAAAAAAAAAAAAAAAGUGUAACUGAGUGAAACCACACUCUGAAAAAUGAAACCGACACUUGGAUCUGAAGACGAGGAAUGAGCUGAGAAAAUAAAAAUGAGCGAGCGUUCAGCUUUCCAUUACAAACGUGCUCUCUCCCUCCGAAUCCAGACCGAGCACUUUGGUCUCGAAGAAAUCUCCACGUUUAACAAGAAAAUGUAGCGUUUCUUUUGUACGAUACCUUAGGACUCAAGCAAACAUUAACCCGCGUUUUAUGACUGCUUGGUAGCAAUGUGUUCUGAUUAAAGAUCUGUCUCCCUGUCUUGGCAGAGCUGCGCUGUGUUAAGACUGCCGCUGCUAUUUUCUUUUAUUAUGCAAAUUUGCAGCUCUCGCAGGAUACUUUGUCGAUUAGUAAAUGCUCAGACGCACAUUGACCAUGAGGACUCUUCGCAGGUCGAAAUUCAUGAGUUCGCCCAGUCUCAGUGACUUAGGAAAGAAAGAGCAAGCGGCAUCUUUGGAUGAACGAGGGACUCACCAGAAGAAGGCUGGAUCCAAUGCCACCUGGAACAGUAUCCAGAAUGGAGUGAUUUCAGUAUUUCAGAAAAAAGGGCUUCCGGAUCAUGAACUCUACAAUCUUAACGAAGGAGUACGGCAGCUGCUGAAAACUGAGCUGGGGUCGUUUUUUACAGAAUACCUCCAGAACCAGCUUCUCACAAAGGGAAUGGUGAUCCUUCGAGACAAAAUCCGGUUUUACGAAGGGCAGAAACUUCUGGAUUCCUUGGCAGAAACCUGGGAUUUCUUUUUUUGUGAUGUCCUCCCGAUGCUGCAAGCCAUCUUUUACCCCGUCCAGGGGAAGGAGCCUUCCAUUCGCCAGCUGGCCCUCCUGCACUUUAGAAACAUAAUAACCCUGAAUAUUAAACUGGACGACGCCUUGGCUCGUCCCCGAGCUCGCGUUCCUCCGUCCAUUAUACAGAUGCUGCUAAUACUUCAGGGGGUCCACGAGUCGAAGGGGGUUUCUGAGGAGUAUUUAAACCUGGAAGCUCUCUUGCAGAAGGUGGUCUCCCCCUACCUUGGGACGUACGGACUCUAUUCCAACGAGGGCCCCAUCACACACGCUUCCUGUAUCUUGGAAAAACGAAUGUUUAGACGUUGCCCAAAGUCUGGUGAAAUCAUUGUUAAAAACCCAGUGGUACGAUCCAAGAGUUAUAAUAACCCCCUCUUAACACCGGUAGCAGAGUAUGAAAUGGAGGGCUUGGCUGCCAACGGGACUGGGAUACGACGGCAUUCGGUGUCCGAGAUGACUUCACUCUUGGAAAUACAAGGAUACUCAAAUUUAACCACAAUUCUGGACUCUAGCUCCAAACUGUCCAUGUCAACGACCAAAUCACAGCCCCUGGGGGAGAUAGAGAGACCCAGCACCGGCAAUGGACAGUUUGACCCAGUACAUGACCACCAGGAAACCCAGCAAGGCCUAUUCCACAGUCAGAAUGCAAGGGACGAGUGUUCCAUGGACUCUGCUCUGCUCCCCGCGCCUUCCUCCAGCCCCGAGACCAUAGUAGAUCGAAUCUUGGAGUCCAUAGACUCAGACUCUGACGGGAUUUUUAUUGAUUUUGGGAGGGUAUGUUCUAAAUCGCCAGUCUACACGAUGGAUGUUGGGAGACAAAGCCUUGUAUAAAGAAAACAUUUUACAUUUUUGCAAUUUAUAUUUCCUUUUAUACUUUUGGACUCGCUCCAAGGAUUGGUUCAUUUUCUGCUGCUGAUUUCUGGAAAAAUAUAAAUCAAUACAUUCUGGUAUCCACUAUUAGUAUUUUACAUGACUAGAUUAUCCAUUAAUAGAAGGUAUCUUCCCAAAAACACAACAUUCUGCUAAAACCAACAUUGAACUCCACUACCCCUCCCCCAAACACAACAGAUUCUUAUACAGUAAGCUCAGCAGACCUGAAUACAAGAAAAUGCACUAUACGGCAUGAACUCCUGUGUACCUGGAACAAGAAAGCUCGUUCUACAGUAAGACUCCCCUCAUCCCCCCAUUACCCCAAAUAAAGAUGAUCACUCUGCAGCAUAAACUCCUCUGUAUCCCUAACAAGACAGCUUGUUAUGCAGAAUAACUCUGCUGUACCCCCACAGAGGACCGCAGGUUAAUAAUAUUUAAUAAUAAUACCAUAAUACUUCCUCCCAAACAAAGGGGCUCAUUAUACAGUAUAAGCAUCCCUGUACCCCAAACCCGAUGGGUUGUAACCGCCCUGUACCUCUAAAUAAGAAUGCUCUCUAUGGAGUAUAAACUGUCUGGUACUCCAAACAAGGAGGCUUUAUACAGUAUAAACUUCCCUCGACUACAUAUUUAAUAAUGAUAAUUAAUAUUUAACAAUACUACUUCCUCCAUACCCCAAACACGGGGACCCAUUAUACACUAUAAAGAUUUGUGCACCUCAAAAAUGAUGGGUUGUUAUACAGUAACCCCCUUUACCCUAAAAAAGAGUUUUAUAUACAGUGUAAACUAUCCAGAACCCCAAAUAAGAGGGCUCAUUAUACGGUAUAAGCUCCCCUGUACCCCAAACACGAUGGUUUGUGAUAGCGAUAAUGAGCUUCCUAUUAUGUGGUUUGUUUUUUUUCCAACUGGAUAAAUUCUCUGUCUCUGGAGAGGGGAAUUCAUGUUUCUCGAUAGAUUACAGAUUUGAUGUUUAAUAAUGUUACUGGGAGGGGGAAUUAGCUCAUUUUGAUUUACUGGAAAAAAAUGAAAUAAUUACUGCUGGGAAAAAAAAACAUGUCACAGCCGUGCUAUAAUAGAAAACUGAUCUAAUUAUUAGUUAAAAUAUUUUGUAACAGAGAAAGUAUUUAAAAAAAAAACACACUUUGACCUUUUUAGUUCAGUUUAUCUCGCUACAACUCUCUGCCUCCCUGUACUGCCGUUAUCUGUACUGUGUACAAAACGCCGCAGUGACAAAAUAAACAUUUGCAAUUUUG